AACUCCCCACAAGUUUAUCAACAAAUUUUUAGCUCUUACUAGUUGUUCACACGCAGCCAGUGUGCACGCGAGCUCGUGGAGUACUCCCCCACACACCCACCGGUACACGCCUCACUUUAAAGCUGGAGAUUUAAAUCAUUUUGUUCCUCUGGUGUUUCAGAUGUUACAGUAACUGUGUUGGAAAAUAUCGCGGUCUGGCAGCCACACAAGAUUCAGGUGCUCCUCUGAUGUUCUCCAUGACGUGAUGGAGUGACUUAUCAAGCAUCAGCCUUCAAGUUACCCACAGUGAUGCUCUUGACACUUUCAGUGAACCAGGCGAUCUGAGACUCAUCGGUUAGCAUCACUUACUCCGAAGCCAUUCAUCAUGAUUGACCUGAGUUAUCUGACAGAGGAAGAGCAAGAGAUGAUCCUGGCAGUGCUGAAGAGAGAUGCAGAGCUUAAGAAGUUGGAAGAACAGAGGAUCAAGCAGCUUCGUAAGACUGAGCGAGACAGAAGCAGGCUGAAGUACUUGACAGGGGAGUGGUUUUAUGAGACAAAGAAUCACAGACACAGAGACAGGAUCCAUGGCACCGACAUCAUCAGAGCGUCCAUGAGACAGAAGAAACCUGUGACGAUAUUGGAGCUCUCUCAAAGAUGGUCUGAGAAACCCAGUUGUGUUUAUGGUGAGAAGAAAGAUGUGUACAUCCCUCCAGAGCUUUUAGGACUCAUUGAGGAUCCGUCCACACAAUCACACAAUGAGAGGGUGGAAGAUGAGUUGUCGGAAGCCCAACAGGAAAGACAGAGACCUCAAAUCAAGCCAAGGCAGAAUCCAUUCAAUAGUGUGAGAUCACAAAGAGAUGAAGCCAGACUUAUUAAUGGAGUUAAGGAGGCUGACCAGACACCUGCUGAGGAACCUUUCCUUCCAGCUGACAACUACACACUCCAUCACACUACUCUAAACACAGACAACACUGACACACAUAUAGUCACACAAUGCAAACCUGUGCCAAAAAAGAGAUUGCUGCUGUAUUCCUGCAAGGACUCUUCCCUGGACACUGUCAGCAGUGGCAAUGGAGUUAAACAGGUCGUAACCCCUGCUCCCAGAGGCAUCCUGAAGAACAACAUCUCCAGCUGUAGCUCUAAUGUCUCCCUGCAUCUCCACAUUCCUAUCAAUGACGACAGCAGCAGCAGUCAGUCGUCAGCUACGGUCAGCCCUGUCAGUCCUGAAACUCCCAUCAGCCCUCCUCUUUCCCCCUGCUCAGUGCACUCUGCGUCAGGGUGGUUAGAUAGGAAACAGGUCCACUUCUCCUCAGUUGUUGGGCCCAUAGAGAGAGUGCAAGGAGAGCACAGUGUGCUGGAAGAAGACUGGAGUCCUCUUUCGGACCAGGAUAGAAGCCAUAUCACAGACAAUGGUUAUCAUGAGGUUUAUGGUGAGCCUCAGUCCUCACAGGUGUCCAACUUCCACGACUCUACUGAAGUAAGAGAGGUGAAUGAAGAGGAACCAAAAGAUCAUGAAAACCCAGAAGCCAAGUCAGAAGAUUUAGUGCCUCCAGUUGUACAGCCAAAGACCAAGCCACCACCAAAGCCACGUAGGGGGCUUUUUGCAUUGUUUUCGAGAGCAGAGAAAAAAGACAAGUGUUCUGAAGUUCAAGCAUCUGACAAAGAAGAGAUAAGUCAAGAUAAAACAGAAAGUUCAGAAUAUAAAACAUCUUGCACUUUGAGACCUGAAGAUGAUAAUAUACUUCCACAGACCUCUGUUUCUACAAACAGCAAGACUGCAGAAAUACUGCAGGAAAAAACAGACAAACCAAUAUGCGAAGAUCCUCCGCAAAGAGAGACGUUUGACCGAGGUGAAAUAUCACCAGGAAGACUUGCCAACCUGAAGUCAUUCUGGGAAAGGGGGAACAGAGGGCCUAAAAUACUAAGCAUCAAAAAAGAAGCUGAGGUAGAAGAAAGUGAGACCUCUCAGCUUAAUGAGAAUUAUCACGAUGCUGUGGACAGAAGGUUGUCAGAUUCAAGCAUCAGCCCAUCAAAACCCAAUGAUCCAAAUCCAGUUGAUGUAGAAUCUACAACAUGUGAGAUUUCUCCAGUCUCAUCUAGAAGAACAUCAAAUGGUGAUGAUAUAUUAGCCAUAUCCUCACAUGAAGAUGAGAAGCCUUCUAGUUUGGAGAGCAAUAGGGUCUCAGAAGUUUCAAGCAGCGAACUACAAACUCUCACGGUGAAAAUGAAUGCCAAAUUGUCACCCAGUUCAUCGCUAAAACACAAAGAUAAAUCUCUGGGCAAUGAGCUACAGGAAGAAUCACUCUCCAGGGACAUAUCUGACUUGAAAAAGGAAAUCUCCACCUUCAAAAUGUCCCUAAGUCAACAGGAGGAUAAAGUCUCGAUUAAUAAUCUCAAGUCAUUUUGGGAGAAAGAAAAAAGUGGCCUUAGAGUAAUUGUAGGCUCACCAACGUGUACAGCUAACGUUAAAGAUCAAUCCCCAGAGUCAUCUCCAAAACGUUCUUUAGUAGAACAUUCUGAACCUCAGUUUGACAUCAGAUCAAACAACCCAAGUUCCCCAGAGAGAAUGAGUUUCAAAGAGGCUGUUUUGACACAAAAAGAGAAGAUGGAACAGACCGAGGAAAAACGGAGAAGUUCAAGUACAGUGCCAUUACAAGACCUUCAAGAUAUCAGAGGUAGGGUACCUUACACCACCCAGAAUAUUUCUAAUUUCAAACAGUCCAUUUCAGACAAACAUUCAAAGCCAAGUCCACCACCAUCUCCCCUCAGAAGUCUCCCUGCAAAAGGUCAACAUGAUAAGCCACAGUCCACUGACAUUUACCACCCAAAAGACCAAGAUCAAACCAGAACACCCAGCCCAUUACUGCAGUCUAAAGUACCUCGUAGAGAUUCAUAUCCAAACAAAGAAUCCAGGAAGCAUGGUUCUCCCUUAAGAACCUUUGCGAUAGAUAUCAAUCCUGCCGACAAAAGUCCAUGCAUUGUAAGGGUUAAACCAGGGCAAACCAGGCCAUGUACCUCUCCUGAACACCACAGGAAGACUUCAGAUGGAGGCAUUGAUGUAAGACCCAUCAUGCCCAAAGAACGAAAGUUGUCAGCAGACUCUCUGUCCCGGUUUUAUAUUCCCCUGAGUUUACACUAUUACCUGGGCGUACCUGAACAGGCAGUCUUAGAUGAAAGAGAACAGGUUAAGGUGCAGGCAGGUGAAACUUUUGAACAGGUGAACCAAGGCAGAGUGAGCAAUGAGAGCUCCCCUUCUCGACACUCCCAGCCUGAAUCAGAGGAGAUCACCUUUGACUCCUCUGGGAGCUCCACACCUGAAGCCUGGUCAAUCUCACACUCCAGUUCAUACUGGGACAGUGAGGAUGACAGCCCUGUCAAAGCUGCCCUGGAGCGAGCCAAUGCCAGACCCAUCUCUAUUUCCAAGAGUUUAGAGGACCUGGCAUCCACACCUUUACAAGAGAGAUGGAAGACUGAUCCGAGGAGUGACAUUGGACUGAGUAUGGAAAAUGUGUCUGCAGUCACUUCCAACACCAAAACGUCCUUCUCCGACCCAGAACAGGUGAAGAUGAUGAGUAUGUCUGUGCCUGCAUUCCUACAACAAGAGAUGGCCUGCAGAAACAGUGACUGUGCCUCAGUGAGCAGUUUCCACUAUGACAGACUGAGAACAUGCAACACUCCUUCUAAUUUUAGCACUUGCUCUGAAGUGGCCUCCAUGUCCUCUGUCACUGGUAGUGUAAUGAGCAUCUACAGUAGUGAGUUUGGUAAUGUGGAGGUCAAAGGCACAAUCCAGUUUGCCAUUCACUACGUGCAAAAACUGGAAGAGUUCCACAUCUUUGUUGUGCAGUGCAAGGACCUCGCUGUGGCGGAUGUUAAAAGGAACCGAUCUGAUCCGUAUGUUAAAUGUUACUUGUUACCUGACAAAGCAAAAUAUGGAAAGAAAAAAACAUGUGUGAGGAAGAAGACUCUGGAUCCAGCUUACAACGAAAUCCUACAGUUUAAGAUUCCAAUGGAGAUGUUGAAAACCCAGAAGCUGAACAUCUCUGUGUGGCACAAUGAUAAGUUUGGGCGUAACAUGUUUCUUGGAGAGGUUGAGCUCGAUUUGGCCGAAUGGGAUUUCAGUAAUACUCAGAUGAAUGAAUAUUUACUCAAAGGAAGGGUUCAGGUUCCUACCAGCCCAAAAAAUUCUGUCGGCAGCGUGGAAAUGAGUGCAGAGAUUAAAGUCGCACUGCGUUUUGUCCCACAGACUUCUCACAGUCACAAGAACAAGGGGAAUGGUGAGGUGCAAAUAUGGGUGAAAGAAUGCAAGAAUCUGCCUAUUACCAGAGGUGUUGCCAUUGACCCCUUCGUGAAAUGCGCAGUCCUCCCAGAUACAAGCCGAAAAAGCCGUCAGAAGACCAAAGUGUUGAAGAGGGCAUCUAACCCAGUGUUUAACCACACCAUGGUGUAUGAUGGUUUCAGGCAAGAGGACCUCAAAGAGGCCUGUGUGGAGCUUACUGUGUGGGAUCACGACAGACUCAAAAACCACUUCAUUGGGGGUAUUAGGUUGGGUCCUGGAACAGGAAAAAGUUAUGGCACUGAGGUGAACUGGAUGGACUCUAAUGUUGCUGAAGCAGCCCUGUGGGAGAGAAUGAUGCAAUCUCCGAAUGAAUGGGUGGAAGAUAUUUUACCUUUGAGAAUGAUGGUCAUGGCAAGAAUGUCUAGAUAGUAAGAAACUGAGGCAUGGUGACACUUUUGAACAAAUACAUGAAAAAUGAUUGUGAACAUGAAGAAUGCAUUCUAUAGGAAGAUAUAAGGUAUGUAAUGUAGGAACUAACUUGAUGGUUUCUUGACAUUUUUGUUGAGGAAAACAAAGAGAAUGACAAAUAUAAUAUGCCUAUUAUUGUAAAGUAAGUGGAUGUAAUGUCUUAAAAUAAAAAUGCCUGUUUAAAAAUAUGUCAGUUUGCUGCAGAUAAGAUCUUUUGUUAAUUGCCACGAAA